AUGGCUUCUACAGAGGCUGAGUACAAAUCAUCUUCAACUCCACCUCCUCCUGCUGGGGUGGAUUACUUUAAAUUCGAUGUGAUCCUCAGAUUUCUUUUGUUGGGGGCAUCAGUGGCGGCUAUUGCAGUGAUUGUCACUAGUGAUCAAACUGUGAUAGUGAAUUUCCUAGGCAUGCCUGUGCCACAGCCAGCCAAGUUCAAAUACUCACCAGCUUUUAUAUAUUUUCUGGCUGCAUUCUGUGUUUCUGGCCUUUAUGGCCUCAUAUCUGCUCUUGCAUCGAUCUCUGUCAUCCAAAAGCCAGAAUUCAAAUUGAAGUUCCUCCUUCACUUUAUCUUCUGGGAUGCGCUGAUAUUGGGGAUAAUAGCCUCAGCAACAGGUUCAGCUGGGAGUGUGGCAUAUCUCGGUUUAAAGGGAAACAGCCAUGUGCAUUGGACUAAAAUUUGCAACGUCUAUGGCAAGUUUUGUAGGCAUAUUGCUGGCUCCGUAGCAGUGGCUUUGUUUAGCAGCAUUGUGACUGUCAUGCUCAUCUGGCUUUCAGCUUAUACCAUUCACAGUCGGGUCCCUAAGUAGAUAGAAGCCAGGAAUAUGGAUCCUUCAGCAU